AUGGCAGACGCCAUUUUUCCACAGAUUAUGGGCGCAUCAACAGCAAAAGAAGCAUGUGACACAUUGCAGGAGGAGUUCCAAGAAACAGUCAAGGUACACACUGUUAAACUACAGAAGCUCAGAAGAGAUUUUGAAAAUCUUAAAAUGAAGGAUAAUGAGACUGCAAAAGAUUACUACUCUAGAAUAAAAGAAAUAGUAAAUAAAAUAGGAGCCUAUGGAGAAAUAAUUUAUGACAAGAAAAUAGUAGAAAAAAUACUAAUUUCUUGUACAGAAAAAUAUGAUGCAAUAAUCUCUGUGAUAGAAGAAACAAAAGAUAUAGACACUCUAUCACCAACUGAAUUAAUAGGCUCUCUUGAAGCAUAUGAAAGUAGGCGAGAAAAACAUAGUGAAAAUUCGACUGAAAAUGCCUUUCAGUCUAAAAUUAAUUCGCAGUCUAAAAAAUUUAAAGCUGAUGGGAGAAAAUCACAAGAAAAUUUAAAAAACAAGAAUCAUUUAGAAAAACAAAAUAAUGACAAGUAUCCUCCAUGUGAAGAAAAAGAUACUUGGUAUCUAGACGGUGGUUGUAGUGACCACAUGACAAAAAAUGAAAGCAUAUUUUGUAGUCUUGAUAAAUCCAAGACUAAAGUCAAAAUUGGUAAUGGUGAUUUCAUGGAAGCAGUUGGCAAAGGCACCAUUGUCACUGACACUAAAAAAUGCAAGAGAUAA